CAGGUGCAUUGUACUAUAGGGGAAAGGUCCUCUGUCUGCACCAGUGGACCAUCGACGGUUGCAGCUCAGGGGGUUCUAGUUGCAUGAGCUUGCAGUCAUCUUUUCUUCAGCUGACUAGAUAACACCCCUAAGUUCCAAAAUGAGCAAAGGUCGACCAGAUAUGAGGAUGGAAAUGCCAGAUGAUUUCUUCAUCCCCAUUCCUCUGGAAACCACUAACAUUACUGCUCUUAGCCCAUUCCUGGUACCCCAGUCACAUCUGGGGACCCCAGGCAUUUUCAUGAGUAUGUCGGCCUUCAUGCUGUUCACUAUAAUCUUUGGCUUUCCCCUGAAUGUUUUGACCGUCAUUUGCACUAUCAAGUACAAGAAACUGCGCUCCCACCUUAACUACAUCCUGGUAAAUUUGGCUGUGGCCAACCUCGUAGUCAUCUGUUUUGGCUCCACCACUGCCUUCUACAGCUUCUCCCAAAUGUAUUUCGCACUGGGUCCGUUGGCAUGCAAGAUAGAAGGUUUCACAGCCACCCUCGGAGGAAUGGUCAGCUUGUGGUCUCUAGCUGUUGUGGCUUUUGAAAGAUUCCUGGUCAUCUGUAAGCCCAUGGGCAGCUUCACCUUCAGAGAAAACCAUGCCAUCUUGGGUUGUAUCUUCACUUGGGUGAUUGGGUUUGUGGCAGCUACUCCUCCUCUGCUGGGCUGGAGCAGAUACAUCCCAGAAGGUCUUCAGUGUUCCUGUGGGCCAGACUGGUACACUGCAAAUAACAAGUGGAACAAUGAAUCCUACGUAAUGUUCAUCUUCUGCUUCUGCUUUGGGUUUCCUUUGGCUGUCAUUGUAUUUUCUUACGGACGAUUGCUCCUCACACUACAUGCUGUUGCAAAGCAACAGGAACAGUCUGCCUCCACACAGAAAGCUGAGCGGGAAGUAACCAAGAUGGUGAUUAUGAUGAUCGCUGGAUUCUUGGUGUGCUGGCUUCCUUAUGCCUCCUUUGCUCUAUGGGCAGUAACUCACCGUGGUGAAACGUUUGACUUGCGUAUGUCUUCUAUUCCAUCUGUAUUUUCAAAAGCCUCCACCGUAUACAACCCAUUCAUCUAUAUUUUCAUGAACAGGCAGUUCCGAUCCUGUAUGAUGAAGCUGAUCUUCUGUGGAAAGAAUCCACUUGGCGAUGAUGAGGACACUUCUGCCUCUGGAUCUACUCAGGUGUCCUCUGUGUCCAGCAGCCAGGUGGCUCCUGCAUAACGUCAGACACAUGCAGCUGCUGUUCUACCACGUUUAUUGCCACGGUUAUGUGCCCUCAAAUGCUUCCAGGUGACAUCGCUAUCCUCCAGUAACCCAUACUCCAUGAACUUUAAAAUAAUUUUCUCAGCUCAGCCAUGUAGCCAUUAACCCCUUAUAAUUUACUUCCCUAAUCCCUUACCUUCGUCAACAGAAAACAUGGGACCCAAGCUUCUGAGUUAUAAGCCAUGUGAAGGUAUAAAAUGACACAGAGGCAUGAAGUAUGAGUUAGAAAUCAUUCCAAUUUCUGAAGCAUAUAAUGCUAUCACAUGUCCCAAAAUUCAUGUCCCUCCCUAUGAGAUGAAGCUGUCACAUUUGGCAUUCCAUUUGGUUUGUAGAUUUUAUAUGUAGCACAAUAUGAGGUCUUCGAGCUAAAGAUAAACGUUAUUUCUGAGGACUGAUUUCGGCAAGGGAAGUGGUUUAAUAAAUGCAGAGGCAUUAUAUAUAUUGUUUUUAACUUGGCAUUAUUAUUUUUUUCUGUAACCAACUCACGCCUCUCUGUCCUGCACUGGUUCUAUUGUAGUGAAACCCCCAGAUGUAUCUAACUAGGUAAGGAAUUAUUACAAAGAUGAGGUGCUCCAUAAAACUACAGCAGAUGGCUAGACAGG